UUGGAAAACACCCUGAUCUGGUAAGUCCCAUUACUUUCCUGCAGAGACCUCUACUUGGCCUCUAGCUGCAUUUGGCCAAUCAAAAGAGGGCAAAUACAUUUAAGGCGGAACCGAAGCUUCUGAUUGGCUGUCCAACACGAAACGAGAACUCGACACGCGAUGAAACGCCAGAAUCACCUUCAUCUGAGCGAAUAUUCGCCGACACGAUGUUGUCACACGUCAGUUCUGUGGAGCUGCGCGAGACGCUCGAAUCGUUUCACGGUCUGAAUGAAUCUCAGUGGAGCAUCGCGAAGAAAUCCAAGGAUGUGACUGUAUGGAGGAAACCUUCGCAGGAGUUCGGCGGAUUUCUAUAUAAAGCUGAAGGAACCGUAGCAGAGAAUCCGGAGCGGAUCAUGGACUUCAUCCGUCCCGGAGCCCGCAGACUGGAAUGGGACAGUAUGAUCACUUCACUGGAGAUCCUGCAAACACUAGACCAGGGCUGUUGUGUGGUGAAAUACACCACCGCAGGGCAGCUGUGGAACAUCAUCUCUCCUCGAGAGUUCGUGGAUUUCUCCUGCACCAGCGAAUAUCAGCGCGGCCUGCUGUCCUGCGGUGUGAGCGUGGAUCAUGAGGAGCAGAGAGCAGGGCUGGUUCGAGGAUUCAAUCACCCAUGUGGCUGGUUCUGUGUGCCGGCGCAGGACUUGGAGCUCAGUGUACUGACCGGAUACAUCCAGACGGAUCUGAGGGGAAUGCUGCCGCAGGCGGCGGUGGACACAGCUAUGGCCAGCGGUCUGGUCAACUUCUUCACUGAUCUGAGAAGAGCUCUGAAGAUCUGAUAAACUCUAACGAGCCUCACCUUUACUGCUCCUCACAUACACGUGAUUUUGUAAAUAAUCAUCACCAUAGCACAUUAAUUUAUUAUUGCAUGUUUUGUUUGUUUUUGGUUUAAUGUGAUUAAAACCAGUGUAAUUGUUUUUCAUAACAUUAUGUAAAAUUGUAAACAUUGAUAUUGUUUUUUCGUGUUUUUUAAUCUUAUAAAUUUCUCUUAUUCGUUAUCA